AUGCGCUCACGCUUUUUUCGCCUCCUUUUCAACUUCUCUAAACCCACUAGACUAAGACCGUCUACAUUCUGGGCAACACCUCGACCUUCGCCUCACAACCCGCCUCUCAAAUCCAUGGUUAUCCCCUUCUUCAGUGCGCUCUUCGGGUCUUCAACUUCCGCCAACGCCAAAAACAACAUGACAUCAUAUCCCGAUGAGCGCACUCCGGAGGAGUGGCGCGCCGUUCUCAGCCCUGAACAAUUCCGCAUCCUCCGUGAAAAAGGCACAGAAGCACCCACCACAGGCGCAUACGACAAGCACUACCCCUCCGCCGGCACCUACGCAUGCGCAGGGUGCGGCACGCCGCUGUACACGGCCCAGCAGAAAUUCUCGUCCGGCUGCGGGUGGCCGGCCUAUUUCGACAGCAUCCCGGGCGCGGUGGUUCGCCACGAGGAUCGCACGCUGGGGAUGCUCCGCACCGAAAUUGUGUGCGCUAACUGUGGCGGGCAUCUGGGCCAUGUGUUCAAGGGGGAAGGGUUCCCUACGCCAACUAAUGAGAGGCAUUGUGUGAACAGUGUUUCGUUGACGUUCAAGGAGGGCCAGAAGGAGGGCGAGGACGGGAAGGGGGUGGCUGACAAGCCAGAUGAUGCGGGCAAGGCUUAG